UCUUGGCUGAGAUUUAAUCCCCGGUGGUCCGAAAGUUAUCAUAUGUAACCUUGCGUGCGCCCAUUUGGGGUGCGACUUCCCUGGGGGCUUAACAACCCGGUCUGGCGAUGCAGAGAAACCAUGUCCCAGUUCCAUGUUGAAUCGUGGAUUUGGUAUGGGGUCACGGUAUUCAUAAUAAUUCUGCGAUUCAUAUCGCGACUGCUGUUGGUGAAAAGCCUGAAGAGCUUACAAGUGGAGGAUUAUCUAAUGCUCGUAGUAUUGUGUUUCUACACGGGGUUGGUAGUCACAUUGAAUCGAAUCGAACAUGCGCAUACGAAUUUAAUGAAACCGGGCGACGAAGCGCAUUUGACACCGGAGUCGAUCGAGGACCGCAUUUAUGGUAGCAAACUGGUGUUGGCAACUGAGCAGUGCAUGCUAGCGACAAUCUGGGGAUGCAAAGGGUGUCUUCUUCUCCUCUACGCCAGGUUGACGGAAGGAAUUAAGCAACAACUGGCCGUCAAGAUCCUGGCUGGUUAUGUGGUUGGGUCAUACAUUCUCUUGGAAAUCCUCUACUUCGGUGUUUGGUGUCGGCCAUUCCAUAAUUACUGGGCUGUUCCCACACCCAACGAACAAUGUUCGACGGCGACACAUCACCUUAUCAUGACAAUGGUCUUCAAUAUUUCGUCAGACAUUCUCAUGAUGUGCAUUCCGCUGCCGCUCCUCAUAUCGGCUAGUUUGCCACUACGCAGUAAAAUCACUCUAGUGGGUGUAUUCAGCAUGGGAACCUUCAUUAUCCUAUGCGCCACUCUCAGCAAAGUCUACAGCUUCAAAGAUCCCUUCAGCCCCCAAUGGCUCUUCUGGUACGUUCGCGAGGCCAGCACUGCCGUCUGCGUCGCCAACAUCCCCAACUGUUGGAGUCUGGUUCGCCGCGUCUUCAACCUGAGUUCCUGGACCGGUAGUUCGCACAGCAAAGGCAGGACACACCACUACACCCCCUACGCAUAUGGAACUGGAACGCAUAGUAGGACGAGACGACACACAUCCUCACAGAAAAAGAACCUCUGGACAUCCGUCACCAUGUCCGGAGUACGGAAGACGGAAAGUGCGGAGGAAAUUAUCAAAGAAGACCCUGAGCAGCAAGCCCACCAAGGAAUCCCACUCGAAAUCUGGCACCAAACCAGCAUCCACGUCACAGAAGAACUGCCCAGGCCUGAUGAUAUCCAUAAGGGUGCCACUACAACAGCUCCAGGUCGGGAAUAGACCCCGGGCUUGGGGCUGAACUAAUGAUAGAUAAUCAAAAUAAAGAGGUAAUGAUAAUAUCGCCGAUAGACCAGUCUACAGUCCCGCAGCCCCGUAGUUGGAUCAAUAGAGUGAGCUUCUCAGGGGUCACUAUCCCAAACCCCUUGAAUUAUCUAUUCAAUGUAGCUUGCUCACAAACAAAAGGCCAGUGGCGGUCGUAUAGCUUCGUAUACGAACAAGCUCAAG